GCAGCGCAAUGGGCGGGGCCCAUCUGCCAAUGAAAGCCGGGGAGACUGGUACCUGCCAGGUAGAAGCGGGUUGAUAGCGGUAGAGCAGUAGCCAUGAGCGGCCACGUCGGGGAUCUGAGUCCCAAGCAGGAGGAGGCUCUGGCCAAGUUCCGAGAGAACAUCCACGACAUCCUUCCUCUGCUCCCGGCCCAGGAUGACUACUAUAUCCUGAAAUGGCUCCGAGCCAGGUGUUUCGACUUGCAGAAGUCGGAGGCCAUGCUCCGAAAGCAUGUGGAGUACCGGAAGCGCAUGGAUGCCGACCACAUUUUGGAAUGGCAGGCCCCAGAGGUGGUCCAGAAGUACAUGACGGGGGGCAGGUGUGGCUUCGACCUGGAGGGCUGCCCCAUCUGGUUUGAGAUCAUUGGGCCCCUGGACGCCAAGGGUAUCCUCUUCUCUGCCUCCAAGCAGGACUUGCUCAAGAAGAAGUUCCAGGACUGCGAGAUCUUGCGGGGCUUGUGCGAUGCGCAGACUGAGAAACUGGGGAGGAAGGUCGAAAGUGUCAUCAUGGUUUAUGAUUUCGAAGGGCUGAGCUUGAAACAUCUCUGGAAGCCAGCGGUGGAGGCCUAUUCGGAGCUGCUUUCCAUGUUUGAGGAGAACUACCCUGAGUGCCUGAAACACGCCUUUAUCAUCAAAGCUCCAAAGCUCUUCCCUGUGGCCUAUAACCUGGUGAAGCGCUUUCUGAGCGAAGACACACGAAAGAAGAUCGUCAUCUUGGGAGCAAACUGGAAGGAGGCCUUGCUCAAUUACAUUGAUGCCAAAGAGCUGCCAGUGGAAUACGGGGGCACCCUCACCGACCCUGACGGAGACCCCAAAUGCAAGACCAAGUUGAACUACGGCGGGGAGGUGCCCAAGAAGUACUACAUGCGGGACCAGCUCAAAACCCAGUAUGAGCACAGCGUGGUGGUGAGCCGGGGCUCCUCCCACCAAGUGGAGUACGAAAUCCUCUUCCCCGGCUGCGUCCUCAGGUGGCAGUUCAUGUCCGACAGCGCUGACAUUGGCUUCGGAGUCUACCUGAAGACCAAGGUGGGGGCCCGUCAGCACGCUGGCGAGAUGAGUGAGGUCUUUGCCAACCAGCGCUACAACGCCCACAUGGUGCCUGAGGAUGGUUCUUUGACCUGCGUUGACGCUGGGAUCUACGUUCUGCGCUUCGACAACACCUAUAGCUACCUCCACGCCAAGAAGAUCAGCUACACAGUGGAGGUGCUGCUGCCGGACAAGAAGGCUGAGGCGGGCUUCAAGCAGCUGGAUGACCAACUGGAAGUGCUGACCCUCAAUGAUGCCUGAGCCCCUUGGGGUGGGAAGCCUGCUCCUUGGGGCCAACCUUGGGGCAGGAAAGUGGGCACCUUGGGGGAGAAAGUCUCCCCCAACAAAACGGGUCUGCCGCAAGCUUUAGGGCAGGGCCUGCACGACUCGGCGGUAGUAAGGGGACACAAUUUUAAUAGGGCUACACCUCUCCUCUAUGCUCCAUCCUGGUUGGCUGUGACCCGUCCCAUGACUGCCACUUUGUCAUGCCCCCACCUCCCCCUUCAUAGAAUAAGGAGCUGUGGCCUAAACCCUCUUCAAUGCCUCUUCGGGCUGCCUGGCAAUCCCAUGAAGGGCUGUGUGUGCCCCGUGGGGUGGACAUUGUACAAGUCUGAUUUAUGGCAUAAUGGGAGAAGUGGUUACCUUCUAGCUCAUAUUCUAUGCCAGUUGAGAAAGUGGGAUUGGCCCACUUCCCUAUGGAGGGAAUGGGGUUAACAUUUGCCCAGUCCAGUCAACUGGAAGCCAAUCGCUCGCCUCCAGUUUAGCCAGUAAAGUUAUGUCUAACUGUGACGGUUCAUCAUCCCAUAGGUUGAUACCAAAUAAAUUGACCCUUGAUAGGACAACCCCCUUCCCAUACGUCGACCCGCGAGAGAGCGACCCCCUGAUAGGCCGAUCCCAAAUAGAUUAACCCCUGAUAGGACAACCCCUCCAUAGGUCGACCCCGGAGAGGUUGACCUCCCAAUACUUAUAGCGUAAUUUCUUUCCACUCACAUUGACUGGCAUUCAUGGCCUCUCGCAACCAAAUCCCUACCCGUUUGCCCAGCGAUUCUAACGGUGGCCCACCUGCUCAUCCUUCCAGUUUCGCCUAUGUCGAUGACUUGCUGAUGAAGUGGCCGCCUUAACCCCUCUAUUCGCCCCCUGCCUUGUUUACUUUUUUGCUGGUGCCUGAGACAUUGAAAGGGCUGACGAUUGAAAGCACACACCAGAAAAAACAAACCCACAUCCAAGCCAUAUUGUUUACAUGCUCUGGGUUCGAGUGGCGCCCAGCCGUUUUGUUCUUUCUUUUGGACAUGGAGGCUUCUAGAGAAAGUAGAGUUUGGGACUCUCUGGAAACAAGCCAAUGCUUUUGUUCUCCCGCCAUUCUUCUUAUUUCCC